UAAUAAUGCUAGCUCCUAGGACAAUGCAUUUAAUGCAUUUAUGUUUAACUAUAGUAAUAUAUUACAUACCUACAUUAAUCUGUUGUGUGCCUUUUAUUUUUCAUGUUCUAUUUCUUUUGAUAGAUGGAAAAUAUUAUUGCAUAAAACCUCAUUUCAUAGAUAUUAUUCACUCACUAAUGGACAAAAACAAAUUAGCUUAAUUUUAAAAAGAAGAAUGGAUUAUGUGGUGAUGCCUAUUUCCAUUGACUUACCGUUUAGAAAAGGAGAAUAUGUGCUUUCAUGUGUAUUUAUAAAAAUAUGUACACACAUGACCUUCUGUAUCUCGAAAAUAACCACUUCUUAGGUUUAUGAGCAAUAGAGAAGUUUAUGUUUUAAAUGGAGAGACUGUUGUGUGUAGGAAGGCAAGGGAAGAAAUAAUUCUAGCAAAUAAUAGCAGAACAUUGAACAUCUUUGCCAAAGGCAGGCAAGCAUUACUGCUACAAGAAUCUUUAGAUUUAAAUACAUAGUUUAAGUUCGCUGUAUAUUUUUACUGCUGUAUUGUUUUAAAGGCAUCCUGGGACCUAAAUUCCUUACAAUUAAUUUCUUGGACACCAUUUAGGAUGAUCGUCUUUAAGACACCAGGACACAUUUAACGUUUUAUAGAAUUACUAUAGUGACUUCAUGUAUUUGUCUAGUAACUAAAAUAAAUUUAUGCCUGUAAGAUGCUGUUUAAACCACAACAAAAAAGAAAUACCCCAUGUCCCUGAUUAUGCGUGCAAUAUGUAUUCCCAUGGAAAAGAAAUAGCUAUGUUUCAAAAACAAGAGAAGUUAAUGAAAAUUUUAAAUUGGCCUUCCACAUGUAUUUAAAUGAAGUAUUUGACUAUUUGGGUUUCCUUGGUUACCAUAGUCGCUGCUGACAGCUUCUUUUGGUGGGGAGGAGGGGAAGCAGGACUUUAAAACAAAGGGUUAAAAACACUUCUCCAUUAAUAGACACGGGGGGCUGUGAUGCUGACAGCCGGGUGAAAUCCGUGCCCACUCCCCCGCGCGGAUUCCGGCUCUCCGGUGAUUCAGGUAUUCUGGCAGAACUGCGGUUCCACAAUUCCUUACCCAGCAUUCCGUCUCAGCUGCUGGAGGGCUGCCUGAGCCUUAUGCAAAUGAGACCAGCUCUGAGGCUUUGACUGCAGAAACGAGAGGAGGGGGGGCAGAAGGGAGUUCAAAGGUCACAGGGCUGGUGGAAAGCUGGAUCAGUUGCCCGAAAAAAAAAUGCCCUGGACUCCUCUGCAGCAGUGUUUUGCAGCAGUUAAAUGCACUGUGGUUGAUUUCUCAGAGUGAAGAUUUUACAGCGUAUGUGCCGUAGUCGCUUAAAGUGCACGCAGGUACAUGUGACAGCGCUGCAGCUAUGAGUGGAAUUUUAAAGAGGAAGUUUGAAGAAAUUGACGGCUCCUCACCCUGCUCCUCUGUGCGGGAAUCAGAUGAUGAAGUUUCCAGCAGUGAAAGUGCUGACAGUGGGGACAGUGUCAAUCCAUCCACUUCUAAUCAUUUUCCCCCUUCCUCCAUUCUCAAAAGGGAGAAGCGGCUGAGGACGAAGAAUGUGCAUUUUAGUUGUGUCACCGUGUACUACUUUACCCGGAGGCAAGGCUUCACCAGCGUGCCCAGUCAAGGGGGCAGCACCCUGGGCAUGUCCAGCCGUCAUAACAGCGUGCGCCAGUACACUCUUGGCGAAUUUGCGAGAGAGCAGGAGAGGCUCCACCGGGAGAUGUUGAGAGAACACCUCAGGGAGGAAAAACUGAACUCUUUAAAACUAAAGAUGACUAAGAACGGCACGGUGGAAUCUGAAGAAGCUAGCACUCUUACAGUGGACGACAUUUCUGAUGAUGAUAUUGAUUUAGACAACACAGAGGUAGACGAGUACUUCUUUCUACAACCCCUGCCAACCAAAAAACGGAGGGCACUGCUGCGGGCCUCUGGAGUGAAAAAGAUUGAUGUGGAAGAAAAGCAUGAGCUGCGAGCCAUCCGCCUAUCGCGAGAGGACUGUGGCUGUGACUGCCGAGUGUUCUGUGAUCCAGAAACAUGUACCUGCAGCCUGGCAGGCAUUAAGUGUCAGGUGGAUCGAAUGUCUUUCCCAUGUGGCUGCACUAAAGAAGGAUGUAGUAACACAGCAGGUAGAAUUGAAUUUAAUCCUAUCCGUGUCCGGACUCACUUUUUGCACACAAUAAUGAAACUUGAACUGGAGAAAAACCGAGAGCAGCAAAUCCCCACACUGAACGGCUGCCACAGUGAGAUAAGUGCUCACAGUAGUUCCAUGGGCCCUGUCGCUCACUCCGUAGAAUAUUCUAUCGCAGACAAUUUUGAGAUUGAAACUGAACCCCAGGCUGCUGUGCUGCACCUGCAGUCUGCUGAGGAAUUAGAUUGCCAAGGAGAGGAGGAGGAGGAGGAGGAGGACGGGAGCAGUUUCUGCAGCGGAGUCACUGAUUCUAGUACACAAAGCUUGGCACCUAGCGAGUCCGAUGAGGAGGAGGAAGAGGAAGAGGAAGAGGAGGAGGAGGAAGAGGAUGAUGAUGAUGAGAAAGGGGACAGCUUCGUGGAAGGUUUGGGUACCCACGCUGAAGUUGUUCCUCUUCCUUCCGUCCUUUGUUAUUCGGACGGCACUGCCGUUCACGAAAGCCACACAAAAAAUGCUUCUUUUUAUGCCAACUCUUCAACUCUGUAUUACCAAAUAGAUAGCCACAUUCCAGGAACUCCUAACCAGAUCUCUGAGAACUAUUCUGAAAGAGAUACUGUCAAAAACGGUACCCUCUCGCUGGUGCCUUACACCAUGACCCCGGAGCAGUUCGUUGACUAUGCCCGACAAGCAGAAGCCUACGGCACCUCCCACUACCCAGCUGCCAACCCCUCGGUCAUCGUUUGCUGCUCCUCUUCAGAAAAUGACAGCAGUGUGCCCUGCAAUAGCCUAUAUCCUGAACACAGGUCCAGUCAUCCUCAAGUGGAAUUUCACUCAUACUUGAAAGGCCCCUCCCAGGAAGGGUUUGUCUCUACAUUGAAUGGUGACAGUCACAUUUCAGAGCAUCCUGCUGAAAAUACUUUGAGCCUUGCAGAAAAGAGCAGAUUGCACGAAGAGUGCAUCAAAUCACCCGUGGUUGAGACCGUCCCUGUUUAGUAGCUUAAGUUAUUCUAGGACCAACUCUUCUCCUAUUUAAAGCUCUGUAUUUAAUUGGAUUUCCUGGGCUCAUGGUGGUUUAAACUGAGGACCAAGAAAACUUGGACUGUGGUGAAUCUUCCAGACUGUAUUUUGUUUUCUCCUUUUUAGCUACGUGACUGUGGCAUUGCACAAAUACAGUCUCUCUGCGGAUUUUAAAAGAUUUCAGACUGUUUUGAUAGAAAAUGCUAAUUUUAAAAAAGCAUAUCUCACAGUUGCCUACCUGUCAAACUGUGUGAAACCUGCCAAGCUGUGUAGAUCAGAGCUCCAAGUUUUGGAUUAUCGGGCCUGUGCAAGAUUGUUAACUAAGACUGGGAAAUAAGAUUUAGAGUCCUAAUUUUCGAUAUAUCUGAAGAUGAUGGUGACUUUUUAAUGUAAAAGUAAUUAUUGUAAGAAAAAGAUUUAAUCGUUUCAUGUGUAUUUUAUUUAUGGUAGUUAGAAGUCAUGUUUUGAUGAAAAUGAACAGCAGCAUGUUCUUUUAAGCUGAAGAUGCAUAGUUAGAUACCACCGAGCAUGCCCACAUGGAUUGCAUCUGAAAUCCAUUCACGUUUUUAUGAUCAUGACUGAUCAGAUUUGCAAAUACUUUCUUAAGGGUGAAAUAGGCCUAUUUUUGCUAUUUUGGACAAAUAAAUGAGUCUAUAUGUGCAGGUCCUUACACAGUUUUCUCUAAAGUUAAGAGUUAGGACAAUCCUCUGGUGAGGGUCGAGUUCAUUGCCCUCCCUCAGUUGACUCCAGAGAUGGAGGUAGAAGGAAUUGCCUUUCUUUUUUAAACAGCAUCAUCUUGGUUCUUAGCUUGGACAGCACCUUUAAACUCUACUCCCCUACAUUAAAAUGCACUUUAGUGCCCCUUCAUGGUACCUUCUGAGGGGUGGGGACUGAGAACUCUUUGAGAUGAAAAAUUAAAAAAAAUUUUUUUUAAAUCUGUAACUAUUAUAGGGUUCAUAUAAUUAAUCUAGAGGAAUCAUCCAAUGAUACCUUACGAAGGAAAAAUGACCUAUUUUCCUUCGCCACUCUGAAGACCUAACUCUGUAAAAGCAGAGGAGGCUGAGGGAACGUGGAAGAGACACAUCCUCAGCGACCAGCCUUUUCUACAGCGUGACUAAUCCAUCUCUACAAAAUGAGUGUAUAAUGACAUUUCCAUUUAGUGACUAGCUGAUCGAAGGGGGGCCUCUACCCGAAUACUCAGCGAGGCCUUACUUUUCUGAAGCAUUUUGAUUUCUCUUGCCUGGGACAAUUAGCAGAAUAGUCCAGAAUGCAUUGAGUACUUUCUAAUUACCUCACGUUCUCUUAUUAAAGGGGACAGAUAGAAAUAAAACAUGCCCUCCCCACCUUUAGAUUCUCUGCACUUGGUUCGUCGGAGGACUUCUAAGAUCCCGUUUUCCUGUAAAUUAAUUUAGGUAACUAAAUAGUGUGUUCUACAUUUUUUUCAAUGCAGUAUGACUAUGCUAAAUCUGUUUCACAUUUUUGACCUUAUCAUUUCACGUUUUAUGCCUCUUUGAAAUGUGGACAUGCCUUGCUAUUCAGUGACUGCAUUGCUAUUUGCUUUUUAUGUCUUUUAGCCUUGGAUGUUUAGAAAUAUGGAUAUAAAUGUUUUGUAGCUCUUAAUUCCUUAAAAAAAUAUUAUUUUGAUCUAGAGAUCAAACUCUUUGAUCUAGAGAAAGUCCUCCAAUGGAAAACUUUCUACUAAAACUUGAUUCGGGGAAAACAUGUUUACUUGGCAGCUCUUCCACUGUGCAGUUGGUUCCUGCCCCUUCUCUACCCAGGACUGGGCCAAAUUUAUAACCAUAAAUAUUAACAUUAAAGGAGUUUGGGGUUUGUCCUUAUGGAGGUAGUAGUAAUGAGGGCAGGGAUGUUCCUUUUGAAUGAUAAGCCCUUUGGGCUAACCAGAUUGGGGUUUUGCUCAAAUCUCUGUAGUAUAUCCCAUGUUGACUACAAAGUGACAGUUUUUAGUGCUUGAUCUCCAACUUUUUUCCCCCAUCAAUACAAUCUAAAGAGCACAGGCCCAAAGAGAAAAGGACAAACGGCUACUGUUCCUUCAUUCAAGCACGUGAAAGAAUCAUGUGUGCCAUAUUUUCUGGAUCAUUACAAGCCCUUGAAGUAUUCACAUGUGAAGCACUCAGUUUAUUCUUGAAACAAAAUGUGGCAGAGUGGGGGAGAGGCAACUGGCUGGGGCAGGCAGAGUUGAAAGGUAGAAUGUCAGUCCAGUUUCUGAAAGUAUGGAUAUUUAAUUUAGUUCAGCUUUAUUUUCACAAGAAGGUUGACAUCUACUUCUUUACGUUUAGCUGGGUCUCUGUUUUGUAGCUUCAUUUCCCAAAGGAUGCUUAACCUAGAAACAGGCAAACACAAAACCAGAGCUUUUUCCCCUAUCUGUCUAACCGGGGUUGAAAGUUACUGCUACACAGAAGACUAACCUUCGAAUCAUGACAGCUUCCAUUCCAAAUUUUCAUAUGCAUAAUCUAACCCCUAAACAUCUCCCACAAUCUACCUACACAGAUUACCUGUUAAAACAUCCCUACUUCCUCCUCCCGCCCCAACACACACACACACACACACACACACACAAAUAGAUGUAUACCACACACUGGAGAAUGACAGAUUUUAGGCAAUGGCCAAUGAGUACUGAAUUUUUCCCACCCUAGAAUCUGGUUGGGUUUUAUGAUCUAAAAAUGCGAUCUGGAAAAGAGGAUAAUUUUUAAAGCUAUAGUUUGAAAAUAUUGGGUCAAAGUUGCAAAGAAUACUAGUGAUGAAAUCAUUUUCAUUGUUACUUACUUUCCCAGAAAAGCUGAGAGAACAGAGUGUUCCAUCUGACUUUUUUUCCUUUAAUAGCCCUUUAUUCAACAAAAACUGCCCACAUGCCAGGAAAGUGCUACAGUUUUUCUAAGCUUUUUAAAAUGGGGAUCGAGCUAGAUGCAGCCAGUUGGGAUAUUUAAGAUCUUUAUGCCAAGACACAAUAACCUGACCUGCAGCUGUUCUAUUGCCCCCUUAGCACAUCUAACCAAAUUAUAGUCUUUUUUGACACACAGCUUUUUAGUCAUUCACUGUCAAUGGCAAAGCUUCUUGCCUUGGUGCCUGUUGUUUUAGUACCAGCCCUAUACCUUUUAUUGGGGCUUAAUUCCCAGUUAUAAUCCAGGCCAAAUUGAUUUGCAAGUCAAGUGGCUGAAGCAGCUUGCAUUUCCUUUGUUAUUCUAGGUUUCCUUUGAGAGAAGAAAGUCAAUGAAAGAGAUUUACUUAAGUUUUUUCUCCAUCUCUUGAUCUUUGAUUAUUAAGACCUAAGUAAAAUCCGUUUGUCUCAUGUCUUUUGGUUAAUUGAAUAGCAUAGUUGCUUUUUGACAGCCAAGCCUUUUCUUGUGAUGAAACUGUAUUUUUCCCAGUGUGCCAGCCACAUAUAAAAUGUGAAAUUAAUAUUUAUUAGAGUGAUAAAAUCCUCACAAUCAUAUAUGGCCCAGCAAUACCCACCCUCGGAAGAAAAAGCUAUGACUUACAGAAACACUGGCCAUAAACUAAUAGAGAAGCAAAGAGAUUAUAAGUGAUUAUGUUCUUUAAAAUUUUGCACUCUGACAGAUGACUUCUAGGCAAAAUUCUGAUUUAGUUGUCAUUAAACAGGAAAAUAUGUCAUGAUUUAUUUCGUAUAAAUUGAUAUAUCACUGGUUCUUUGAUUAAACCUCUGACAUUUUUGUACAAGUUUAUAACCCUUUCAUUGAUAUUUAGAAUUUAUUAAGUAUCAGUACUUUCUUUCAAUAAAUAUUUAUUGAACACCUACUAUGUUAGAGGAGCUGUCCUAUGUGGUAAAAAGAGGGGAACAAUACAAAUUUUAAGGGAUUAUGAUGAUGACGAAGAGUAGUAUGAAAUAAUCAAGCCUCAAUGUAAUCCUUUUAAUUUGUGAUUUUAUAAAUUGAUAUUAGAAAAAUGACAUCAAUUCUCAUCUAAUUAUAUGCAAGCUGCAACUAAAAGGAUACUUCUUUUUCGAAAAUUAAUGGAACUCGCUGGAUCCUCCUUCUGUCUCCCCCAUCUGAAAUUUAUGAAUUAAAUCUGGACUCAGCUAGAAGAACUGGAUUGAAUGAAAAAGAAAUAUUGAGCUAAUUGCUUCUUCAGUGUUAGACCUAGAGAAAUGAUGCUAAACUUACACCAGCAAACUCCUACCAGACAGUUUCAAAGGCAGGUUGACUCAUGCAUAACCCAGGAAACAUUUCAGGAAACCUUUGAAACAACAAUGUGGAGCACAAUCACUGCUACUUCUAUUUCUAAACAGCCUAUCGAAAUAGCAAAACCCUAGUUCCAAGUUCCAAAGGCAUUACCAUGCAACCUGUAGAAAACAGAGAGGUCAUUUGGCCCCCAUACUUUUAGCUGGGGUGACAAACCAUCAAAUUAGCAAGUGGAAAAUUGACAUCUUCAGAAGUCAACCAGAGACUGCCUUUUUAAAAGAUGCCACAAAGCCUUCCAUUUCUCCAAAUAUGACUUAAUCUUUCUCUUUAAAAUGGCAUCUACUCCGUAUUCUCUCACAGAGUUAAGAGUGUCAUUAUUGAAGUCAGUGUAUAAAAUAUCAACCUGAAAUGGGAAUUACCCUCAUACUUUCAAAUGCAAGACUUGUCUGUAAUUUGAAACUGGAACUAUUAAAGCCUUAAUCACUCUUAGCUCUAAACACGAAUUUGUGACUACAGAUUACAUUAUUCUUUCUGAGAUCUGCUAACUUGUGCUCAAGUAACAUAAACGUUUAAGCCAAAUGCCACAGAUUUGCACAAACAACACAGUUCAUCAGAUGGUUUCUGUAGCAUUAAAGAAUUUAAUUGACUUAAUUUAACUGAAUAUCAGUAAAUUGAAAACUUACCAGAAUUAUGGAAGUUCAGGUGGGGUGAGGAUAAAAUAUAAGUUUAAUAAGUGGUGGUGUCUUCUAGGAACCAUAAAGUUUUAGCAGAGCUGAAAUGCUAGAACUUUAUUAUACUAGAAAAACUAGAUUCACAAAUGGCAGCCCGAACCCUAGAAGGGGCAGUUACAAUGUGGACACCCUCCCAACCCAGUUGGUACUCACAUCUGCUGCCCACCAUCCACAUCAAUUAUGUCUUAUAAUCUACAAAUCAUUUGAGGCUUUGAAAAAUUAAAAAAAAGAGCUACAACAUGCUAAAGAAACUAUUUUUAAGGUUUAAACACAUUUUAUAUUGAAAUGACUGUCAAAAAUAAUGAAUAUGGAAAUAAAAGAGUUCUUUACCAUUUUACCUGCCAAAUCUGUAUAUUCAAUGGGACUCUUUAAAAAAACAGUCACUUCUAAGUUUUGCUUCAACUCCUCUCCUAGCUUUCAAUCUAGACCAUGAGACCCCCUUUCCUAAGCAUUGCAGAUAUUUCACUUUUUUUCUUUCUUAUCGGAAGUUCAAUCUCAAAAGCUUAAUAUGACCUGGGUUUUACCUGUGAGCAGUCCUGGGGUUUGUCUAACUUUGUGCUGUCUGGACAGUAAAUGUUAUGCCUUAGGUUUUAUAUCCUGACGGUGGUGAUUCAGACAGAAUUAUGGGAAGCGUGUAUACAGCCAGAUUCAAAGCCUAAACCAGUUCAUUUCCUGUAUGCAGUUUUUGUAAUCUAAUUAACAUAUAGCCUGGAAUUGUAGUAAAUACAGGCACUUGUUACAUUCAUGGAAAAUGAAGUAAUUUCAAAGAUGUAUGUCACGUUGUUACUGCUUUUUUCCACUUGUGGUAAAUAUCUCACUAUACAGGGUAAUUGCUUUUUAUUUGAUACCUUAUGCUUGCUUAUAAUUCAAGAAAAGCCAACUCGAGUGUGUCAUUUUGUUUCAUCUCAUAAAAGUUUCUGGCAGAACUAUACUUUCAAAGGAAUAUGAUAGAAUUUCUUUUGGACAAUGUUUGUAUUCAACAUGCUAAUGACGUCAUUCCUUUCUCGGCAUUACUCAUUACCAUGGUGAUAGUCAAGUCAGUUCAAUAACUCAUUUUAGUGACAUGUAUGAGGCCACUUAAAUAUUUUUAAGAUAAUGUAUAUCGAUUAGAAGGAUUUAGAAGACAAAUUUAUGGUAGAAAUUAGCCUUUCCUCUCUCUAAGUUAAUUUAUGUGACCUGCUUUGAUGGUUUCAGUUGUAAUUUUGGAAUGGCUUCUUUGUUAGAUAUCCUUCUCUUUUGUCUUUCUCUCAUUAUUUUGACCUGGCUUUGGAGUAUCUUAAAAUUUAUUUAUUAAUGAGUAUUCAGAAGGCAAUUGAGUUUGAAAAUAUCUCUUUAAAAAUUAUCUAGGAGCGUGUAUCACCAGAGAUCUUCAGCCAGUCUUACUGCUAUGCUGGGUAAGACCAGAAACCCUCUUGUCAGGAUGUGGCCUCCUAAUGUGGUCUUGCUGUUGUCUCUAAAUAGGGAACCUAUAAAAAAUGAAAUUGAAAUUUCUAACUUUGUAGCAUAAUUUAUCCAAUUUUGUUUUGUUCCUCUGUUUUAUGUUGGCCACCAACCUUUUCUCCUGAGCCCUAAAUAAACCAUCCAUCUUAAAAACAAAGUCAAAGAUCUAGACAACAUUUUGAAAUUUUACUUAAAUAUGAAAGCGAGAAGGAAGAAAUGAAAUAAAAUCAAAAUCUCAAAUUCUCCUAAAGAGGAAAAACCUAAAUAUCUAAACCUACGAAAUAAAUUGCCUGAGGUUAGUUUAGUUUUGCUUUGUUUUAUUUUAAUUUUGUGUUGAUCGUUGGAUGGUUUAAUGAUACCUAAAUGAAAUCUGAACUUGAUAGAUUUUACAUGUAUUCGUUGGCAAACUCAUUUUGUUUGUUGUACCAUAAGCAAAUUGAGUCUACUACCAAAGUUUACUGUAUGAAUCUUGAUUCAUUAGGCACUAGUCAUGCCAAACGGAAGUCUCAGAAUAGUUUAAUCUUUUCAAAGAUACAAUGGCCAACUGUGUGUGAAUAAUGCAAAGCUUGAUAUUCUUCUGUAUUCUUCAAAUUUUAUAGUCCUGAGACUAGAAGAGAUCUCCAGAGGUCAUCUGGCUCAUCCAUCUACCUCCAGAGAGGACUGUCACUCAGGCAUGCCCAACAGGAUAGAUACCCAUCUAUUCUUAACAUCUUUAGGGAAGGCGGUUACCUUGGUAACACAAUCCGGUUCUCGUAGGUUUUUCUCACAAUAAGAAAAUAUCUUGGCCACUCGUUAUGAGCUAGGCACCUGGCAACAGUUGUGGUGAUUUGGGCCAUUGUCCUGGGAGACUCGAAAAAAGUUGGGUUUCCCCUACCUUUGAUGAUUAUUACAUUUGAUGAUUCCAUAAGAAGUUAGAUUUUUAAAAAUAAAGAUGUGGGUACUGAGACAAUGCUCAGUAACAUGACCUGUUCUUGACAAAUAUGGCUAGAGUUGUUUUUUGUUUUUGUAUUUUUGUUUUACCAUUGCUGUGAUGUCAGGAGGCAAUGUCAGGAAAAGUGACUGUUUCAGAUCCCCAGUGACAAACAUCAGAACUAGGAUCAAGUUCUCAACUUUUAAACUGCUCAAUUUUCUGAGAAGUUACAAUUACAAAAAGUGAGCAUUUUCUACCUUCUUGCUUCUAAAUAAGUACCUUCUCGUUAAUCUUUCUUUACCCUAAAAUGACAAAUAAGAAUCUCAAGUUUUUCCACUCUUUCUGGGGAAGAUGUGACUAGUUGUAGACAGUCUGAUGUGGAAUAAAAUGACUCCAGAGAAUUACUCAGCCACCAUUUGAUCCCAGCCUUUGUCCCCAUGGUAUUUAAACAAGGGCUGCUUGCCUGCUCAGGGAUCAGCGAAAUGAUUAAAAAAUCUGUCAUCUUGACAAGGCCUGAAAAUGACGGGAGGAGUCCGGGAGGGUGGUGAUAUUUUUUCUGAUUACAUCACUUGAUCCAAGCCCCCUCUGCAGCUUUCAGAGCAUUUUCUGUUUGCUCAGAGUUGCUUCCAACUCUGGAAGAUGGGGAGCACCCCUGAAGUCAGUUUCCUUUCUCCAUGGGAUUUUUUUGAAUCUCAGUACAGCUGCUCAUCUCCCCAAUUCGGAUGCUCUUGUGAAAUGACAGCCACAUCAGUGUGGUUGCUCCCCACAUAUAACACUAGGGGAAAUAACCCUUUCUUGCUUCUACAAAAAAAAAAAAAAAAAAGCUAUAGAAUGCUUAUGUAAAGAAUGUUGAAUCAUUUGGCCCAUGUUUUAAUUGACUCUAGGUACCUCUAUGGAAAUAAGUCUGAGGCGUAGUUUGUGAAACAUGUUUCAAAAGUGUUUGAUGUAAAAUAAACGCUAGUCAUUUACAGUACAGAAAUAGUUAAAAACAUUAAAAACCUGUAGAUUACAACUCUGUUCCUAAGAACCUCAGCCUUGAUUGUGUCUUAGUAACGUUGAUCUGCUUUCAUUUUAGUUUAUUGCAUUUCUGGUGUAAUAGCCUCUUAAGAUAGAAUUAUUAAUACAUAUGUACUGGUUAAUGCCUGUUAAUGCAGAAAAUGGCACUUUGUUAUUUCAAUGUGUUUCCCUCAAUGUCACAGGGUAUAUCAAUUUGAUAGGAAAAGGUCAUUUGACAUUAGUCAAAAAUGCAUUUUCCCCAUUUAAAAUAUAUAUGUAUAAUUGGUUGCAUAGACAAAUGUCACUUUUUGCAGUAUCUUUACCUUGACCAUAGUCUUAGAUAUCAAUUGUGUCUCCACUUUCCAGCUGCCAUAGAAAUUUGGUACAUUUGCAAAUUUUGGUGAAUUCUAGUGAGCUGAAUGUAACAGUAGAUCAAAUUAUCCAAAGCACUUAGGUGUUAUCCUUCAGUCUAUGUUGAAACGUUCGGACAUCGGGAAUGGUCUGUACACAAGGGAAGUCUUUUGAGACUGUUUGUCUUUUUGGUUUUGUUUGUUGUUUGCUUUUUGCUGGCAAAAAAAAAGUAAAACGCAGUGAGAUAAACUCACUGUAACUUUUUUUUUUACAUUGUGAUUGGUUUUAUCUUUUAGAUGAUUUCUGUUAUUACUUUUACUCAACAUCAAUAGAAUUUCAAUAGAUAUUUUAUUACCAUUGUGUUCAAUCUAGUAACUUAGAAAGGUUGAAAGGGAAGAAAAUCAAACUACAGUUCAUAUACACAAUCACUUUACACUAAAAUGUCAUGUUGUAUGUCACACAAUUUCUAGAUUGGUUUCUCUUGUGUAUAAGUUAUAACAUCAAAGAUGCCAAAGGGUAUAUAAAAUAAGCUACAAUAAUAUUCAACAGAACUUAACCUGGACCUUAUGUUGUAAUAAUUUAUUCCUAUUAGCUGUAGUCUUCUGUAUUUAUAUUUUCAGUAUUUAUUAUGAAUGACAUGGAAAUUCGUGUAUUUAUUGUGGCUUUUUAUUGCAGUGUGUAUAUAUAUAUAUUACAAAUAAGCAUUUUUAAGUCUUAUCUUUAAGUUUCUUUUAUUAGUGGCACUUGUAUUAUGCUGUACUUUUUAUCAUAUAUUGUACAAUAUCUUGUCCAUCUGUUUGCAGCAGAGUAAAACCGGUUUCUAAGUUGUAUCUAC